CUGGGAAAUUACUCGUGCGGCGAGUAGUGUCUCUCUCUCUCUCUCUUUCUUGCGAGGAUGUGGGCAAGCGCAGAAGGAGGUCCUCCCGAGGUUACUCUUGAGACCUCCAUGGGUUCUUUCACUGUUGAGCUUUAUUACAAGCAUACACCAAGGACUUGCAGGAACUUCAUCGAACUCUCCCGUAGAGGUUACUACGAUAAUGUCAAAUUUCAUAGAAUUAUUAAGGAUUUUAUAGUGCAAGGUGGAGAUCCAACAGGAACUGGAAGGGGUGGAGAUUCCAUAUAUGGUGCUAAGUUUGAAGAUGAGAUCAAGCCGGAGUUGAAGCACACAGGAGCUGGUAUUCUCUCCAUGGCAAAUGCUGGUCCAAAUACAAAUGGUAGCCAGUUUUUCAUAACUUUGGCACCAGCGCCAUCUCUGGAUGGAAAACAUACAAUAUUUGGAAGAGUAUGUCGGGGAAUGGAGAUUAUCAAGAGACUUGGUAGUGUCCAAACUGAUAACAGUGAUAGGCCAAUCCACGACGUGAAGAUAUUACGAGCAACAGUCAAGGAUUAAGGCUGCAGUCUACUCGUACUUAUUUCUUCCUUUUAAUACACACUGAUCCAUGCUUUGUACCAAUAUCAAGGCUAUUGUUUCUUUGACCAACAUUCAAAACUGAAGAUUAUGUGUUUGAUGAGAUCUUUCCCUGGGAACAAGAGAGAAACAAAGGGCAAAAUGAGUUUCAGAAUUCUGUUAUAUAAAUUUCUCUUUUAUACCACGUUGAUUCCUACUGCCA